AUGUCGGGCCGCAAACUGGGCGGCGGCCGUGUUCUAGGGAGCGGCAAGGGCCUUGCACCCCCGACACCUCCGGCUGCGAAUGCGCCUCGAGUUGCGAGCCCAUUAGCAGCUUCAGAAAGCAGCAUCUCGAUAGCUUCUUCGUCAAUAUCACCACCCAUAAGUGGAAUAUCGCCAGAUCUUCCAGGCCAGGACAUCGGUAAUAGCAUCAGCGUUGGCGCUCAAGGGAAAGGUGGACCUGCAGAUGGCGCCCUCAUGACUCUUCUACAACUAAAUCGACACAUUGACGAUACCCAUCAAGAAUUACCAGAGGAGGAACAGGAUGAAGUGAAGACCUGGUUCGACAAGCAGGUGCUGAAGGCCAAACGAUUCCAGCCCCUGUCCCUCAUCAACCAGAAGCUACGAGGUCUCGAUGUGUUCGAGUCGAACGAAUCUGUUCCCGUCGCUCCCCCACCCUCCACUGCUGCUGGAAAGACCCCCCUCGAAGGUCCUAUAGAUCCCGACGAACUCAUCACGCGACAGCACUGGCAGCGCUCGACAAGCUACGAUUUGUGUACCGACCCGACUUGCGGAAAGAGCCUAGGGCCAUUAAACGGGAGCAUCAACUGUCGACACUGUGGAUUACUGUUCUGCGAGGAGCACACCAUGUACCAGAUGAAGUUGAGUCGGAGCGCGAAACAUGAACCAGUUCGCGGUUAUUGGGCACGAGUAUGCGAGACAUGCUUUAAAUCAAGAGAAGGAUACAACGACCACCAGGGAGUCUUGACGGAUCACACCAAUGCAUUCGUUGAAAUAAGAAGAAAGAAGGUCGAACGGCAGAACUUGGAGAUUUCACGGCUCGAAAAACGAUUAACAAAACUCACGAAACUAUUAGCGAACCCCCCUGAAAAGCUCACGCAAUCUAACGGAUCCUUGCUUGGUCCGGUAACUUCAUUAGCAGGACAGAAGAACCCUCGCAAGCUCAUCGAACAAUCGGUCGUUACCUGGGAAGAAGAUGCAACAGUCGCAAAAUGCCCCUUUUGUCAGCAGGAGUUUGGAUCGUGGACGUUCAGGAGACACCACUGUCGUAUAUGUGGUCGUGUUGUCUGUGGCGACCCUCAGACAGGUUGCUCUUCAGAAGUUGGAUUAAAUGUAUCAAGUGACACGAAUGGAGCGACGAGAUCACCUUCAGGAACUGAGAAACCAUCUUCAACAGUCAACGGCGGGCAAGUUGGUAUAGACAUUCGAAUGUGUCGCGAUUGCAAACACACCAUAUUCUCUGCACGCGACUUCGCAGCCUCACUACAACACAAACCCGCGGAUCAGCGAGCAUACGAGACUUUACGGCAGUUCGAGCGCGGCAUCCAACAGCUUCUGCCUUCUUUCCAUCGCGUACUGUUGAAUCUACAGCCAGAAAAGAAAGAAAGUGGAGAAAUAGAUCUUAACAAACCCCCACCAACACACGCUCAAAUCCAAGAAGCAGCCAAAAUUCGAAAGCGUUUGGUCGACAGUUUUGCCAAAUAUGGCACGGCGGCGAAACGACUCCGCGAUCUGCCCACGGAAAGCCCUACGCAACACCGUCUCCAAGCGGCCAUAUAUACAUAUGCUAGCGGCUUUCUCCAUACGAAUAUGUUGCCCCUCAAAAGCUUACCGCAGAUGCUCCGCUCGCGCUCGUCUGCAUCAUCCUCUACAGCGGUUUCCACACAGCGGCUCUUGGCUUCGCAUCACCAUUCUGGUUCCAGUUUACGUCACUCAGAGCUUGCGGACACUGAAACGUCGUCACAAGCACCUAGUGAGGGAAGUACAGUUGUCAGCCAGCUUGAGACUGAAGAAAAGGAGCUUCGAGAGCGACUGGUCGUCUUGGAAGAACAGAAAUUCAUGGUUGAAUCCAUGAUCAAAACCGCACAAGGCUCAAGGCGGUUUGAGGAAGUCAGUGCCUUGUCUCGGAAUGUGGAUGAGUUAGAUGCCGAGAUUAAGGUCUUGAAAAACAAGGUGGGCGGCGUUGAAGACCGAUGGGAGGGUGUGUAUCGCAAUGGUGUUGUAUAA